UUGUUCCCACUAAAUAGUCCAAAUUAGGGGGUUUUACUGUUUUUUUAUUUUAAAAAUCAUAAAAAUCCAUCUGGGUUUUCUUGGGGUUUAUAGGCCAUGGAUUUUGAAACUCUUUAGUGAAGGUUUUUGGUGACAAAAGGUGAGUUGGGUGUUGAGAGUAAGAAUUCAAGAUGAUUGCAGAGAAGCCCAGUUGGGUUAGACAUGAGGGUAUGCAGAUUUUCUCCAUUGAUAUUCAGCCUGGUGGGCUUAGGUUCGCCACUGGUGGUGGUGAUCACAAGGUUCGCAUCUGGAAUAUGAAAUCUGUUGGCAGGGACUUGGAAACUGAUGAAUCAACACAGAAGCUUCUUGCAACGCUUCGGGAUCAUUUUGGAUCGGUCAAUUGUGUUAGGUGGACUAAGCAUGGUCGGUAUGUGGCAUCGGGGUCUGAUGACCAGGUAAUACUGAUUCAUGAGAGGAAGCCUGGUUCAGGAACCACGGAGUUUGGUAGUGGAGAGCCACCGGAUGUUGAGAAUUGGAAAGUUGCCAUGACUCUGAGGGGUCACACUGCUGAUGUGGUAGAUCUGAAUUGGUCUCCAGAUGACUCAAUAUUGGCUAGUGGGAGUUUGGAUAACACUAUUCAUAUAUGGAAUAUGAGCAACGGCAUCUGCACUGCUGUACUCAGGGGUCACUCUAGUCUGGUUAAAGGGGUUACUUGGGAUCCUAUUGGUUCCUUUAUAGCAAGUCAAUCAGAUGAUAAGACUGUCAUUAUUUGGCGUACAAGUGACUGGAGUCUCGUUCACCAGACAGAUGGGCACUGGGCAAAAUCGCUUGGAUCUACCUUCUUUAGGCGACUUGGAUGGUCGCCUUGUGGCCACUUUAUAACUACCACUCAUGGUUUCCAAAAGCCAAGGCAUUCUGCCCCUGUUCUGGAGAGGGGGGAAUGGUCUGCAACUUUUGAUUUCUUAGGACAUAAUGCCCCUGUUAUUGUUGUGAAGUUUAACUAUUCAAUGUUUAGAAGAAAUUCCUCGAAUGCUCAGGAAGUUAAAGCUGCAUCUGUAGGGUGGACUAAUGGAUCUUCCAAGUCUGGAGGGAAAGAAUCACAGCCAUAUAAUGUUAUUGCAAUAGGAAGUCAGGACCGGACUAUAACUGUGUGGACAACUGCAAGUGCUCGACCUCUCUUUGUGGCUAAGCAUUUCUUUUCUCAAAGUGUUGUCGAUUUGUCCUGGAGUCCUGAUGGGUACUCACUAUUUGCAUGCUCUUUGGAUGGGACAGUGGCUACUUUCCAUUUUGAGGUGAAUGAACUUGGCCAUAGGCUAACUGAUGCUGAACUGGACGAGUUAAAGAGAAGUCGUUAUGGCGAUGUCAGAGGCCGGCAGGCAAACUUAGCAGAAAGUCCGGCACAGUUGUUGCUUGAAGCAGCGUCAGCUAAGCAAACCCAAAGCAAAAAAUUGGCUGCAGAUGUUUCACAGAAUCAAUCCCUAAAAUCUUCUAAUGAUUUGGGGGUUGCAAGAAAGUCUUCAAAAACUAAGAUUGAUGAUGGAAAGAAGAGUGAAGGAGCCAGUGAUGGGUUAAAUAAAGUGGCACCUCCUGCCCGGAUUUCUAGUCCUGUGAAACAAAGAGAAUACAGGCGCCCUGAUGGUCGAAAGAGGAUAAUCCCAGAAGCAGUUGGAAUGCCUGUUCAGCAGGAAAAUAUUGCUGGUGGUGCUCAGUCUCAAGUCCUUGACUACUCUCUUAAUUCUUCAGAUUGCAGGAAGGAUGAUAAUGGGGUGGUACAUACAGAUGGUGGCAUCAGAGAAGGUUUUGUUAGGAAACCAUUAGCUGGGAGCUGUGAUAUGAAGGAGCGAUCUGGUGUCACAGCUAGAGCUACUAUCAGUGAGAGCCUGGUCAUUGAGAAGGUUCCAGCCUCUGCAGGCAGGGAUGGAAGCAUUAGUGUUGAACAGACAGGAACUGUCAGGGAUAUCAGUUCUUCAGUUGUGAGUACCACACUUUCAAUCAGGGUAUUUGAUAAGAAAGAAAGGAUAGAUACAAUACCAGUUUGUUUGGAAGCUCGUCCUAGAGAACAUGCUGUAAAUGACGUCGUUGGGGUAGGAAGUACAUUCAUGAUGAAAGAAACAGAAAUUACUUGUACAAGAGGGAUUCAAACUCUUUGGUCUGAUAGGAUGUCUGGGAAGGUCACUGUUUUGGCUGGAAAUGCCAACUUCUGGGCUGUUGGGUGUGAAGAUGGAUGCCUGCAGGUAUACACGAAGUGCGGGAGACGUGACAUGCCUGCCAUGAUGAUGGGAUCUGCAGCAGUAUUUAUAGAUUGUGAUGAGUCUUGGAAGUUGUUGCUUGUCACAAGGAAGGGAUCCAUAUAUGUGUGGGAUCUGUUCAAGAGGAAAUGUCUCCUUCACGAUUCAUUGGCUUCACUCAUAACUUCAGAUCUGAAGUCAAAUACCAAAGAUGCAGGCACAAUCAAAGUCAUAUCUGCAAAAUUAUCAAAAUUUGGUUUUCCUCUUGUUGUUCUGGCAACACGCCAUGCUUUCCUAUUUGAUACGAGCCUCAUGUGCUGGCUGAGGGUUGCAGAUGAUUGCUUCCCUGCAUCAAAUUUUGCAAGCUCCUGGAAUCUGGGUUCUAACCAUGGCGGUGAACUUGCUGCCUUGCAGGUGGAUGUCAGGAAGUUCCUGGCCAGAAAGCCAGGUUGGAGCAGACUGACGGACGAUGGAGUGCAGACACGCUCUCAUUUGGAAGCUCAGUUGGCAUCUGCCCUGGCAUUGAAGUCCCCUAAUGAAUAUCGUCAAUGUCUUCUGUCCUACAUACGUUUUCUGGCCAGAGAAGCAGAUGAAUCCCGCUUACGAGAAGUUUGUGAAAGCUUUCUUGGACCUCCAACUGGGAUGACUGAAUCUACAUUCUCGGAUCCAAGGAAUCCAGCAUGGGACCCUUGUGUUCUUGGAAUGAAAAAGCACAAACUCCUUAGGGAAGAUAUUCUUCCAGCAAUGGCUACUAACAGAAAAGUUCAGCGGUUGCUCAAUGAGUUUAUGGAUCUCCUCUCUGAAUAUGAAAUAACAGAAACAAAUCAAGAACAAAAUCAGCUUACACCUGCAAUAGCAACGGUGCCAGAACCAGGUCAAAUGGACUCCACCAUUCGUAUGACUGAACAAAUGAAUUUGGCACCACCAGCAACAAAUCUAACAGACUGCAAUCUGCCAGCAACAGAUGAAAUUCCAUCUGCGAUGCCAACCAUAGAUCAAAUGGAUUGUACCACGCGAGCAACUGAUCCAGUGGGUUCUGCCUUGCAAACAACAGAUCAAACACAAUACAACCCGCUAAUCACAGAUCAAGUGAAUUUGGAACCAACAGAUAAACUGAAUCUGGUGCCACCUGCAAAGGAGUGCUCGGCUUCCAUCCUGUAAAGAAUUCCUAGCCCCAAGUGCUGCAGCAAAACAUCUCACUUUUGAAGAUUUAUUUUUGUAUUUCUCUGGCACAUCAAUUUGAAGCAGUUUCAGGGUAUGUGACAAAACAUUCUAAUUUUCUUUUCCAAUCAGUAAAAAAUUUUAAUUUCUUUCCGCCAUUUAUAGUUCACUGUAAUCAAGUUGUCAGUUUAGAUUGUGUAAAUUAGAUUGCCUUUUUCCGAUAGGGUUGUUAAGAUAUUUCUUAUAUGGGUAUUUUUGUUUUUAUGAAUCAAUUUGAAUCAUAAUUCACUUUGCAUUGGGGACUUGCUUGGAAAGCUUAAUUGAUUUUGAAUUCUCACCUGUGUAAUUAUA